AUGCCCGGACCCUCCGCGCCCUCCGCCCCUUCGGCCCCGGGCCCGCGGGUGGGCUGGGGGCCCUCAGGGGACUCGGGGCCCAGGAGCAGGGGCGCGGGGACUCGCGCUCCGUCCUCCCUUCUGCUCGGGCCACGGAGCCCUGCAGAUCCCGGACCUGGGGUGACCGCCCCGUCCCAAGUGGACGAGAUGCCGCCACCUCCUCCCACAACGAUGGACAAAGGCCUCCACGGGCCUGGAAGCGCUGGGUCCCGCGGCGCCGCCCCGCGAAGCCUCCGGGGUCCCUCUGCUGCCCCCUCGCGGCCGGCCGAGCGCUGCAAGGGGAUGGAGCUGGGGGGCGACCCAGCCGCUCCUCCGCGGGGAGAGGCACGCGCGGCUGCCAGGCUGCAGGAGCGACGCCAGGAAGGAAGCGCUGGAGAGGGGCUGCAGUGGGGUGAGACCCGCACCCCGGGAGCCCCUGGAGACCAUCCCGGGACAGCUCUCUCUGCGUGUCUUGCAUCCAUCAGCUCGACAGCCUGCUUCGUUUUUGUGCUCUUUGCUUUCCUGGUGCUGCCACUGUCCAUGACCUUUCACAGAAUGAAGUUUUUGGAGGACUGCCCCAUACAGCCCCUCAUUCCUAUGUAUUUGCUAGUGGGCAGAUCGUUGGUGUCCCUUCUGCUGUGCGACUCCACCAGGGUGCGGCGGCUGCUGUCCAAAGCGGUGGUGAUCGAUGACGAUGACGAUGACGAAUAUCCCUGGAGGCAGAAUGCCCACAAAUACUACCUCCACCUCCUCCUCAGCCUCUUCCUCUUCCUCUGGCUCAUCCUGGGAAAUUACUGGAUCUUUUCAGUUUUCCUGCCUGAUUUCAUCCCCCCUUUCCAGCAGCCUCAAAAUUACUGCGAUAAAACCCUGUACCUGUUCGUGGUGGGGGUCCUGAUGCUCAGCCACGCCAUGCUGGGCUUGCUGGUCCUGUGCAGGGGCUGCGUCUACCCGUGCUCCAGGUGGGGCUCGGCUGCCGACGAGGACUGA